AUGCCUGACAUGCUGUAUGUCUUGCCUCUGGUUCUGGUGACUGGUCUGGAAGUGGAUCAGGAUCUUGCUGUUGAUGGACUUCUGUUAUCAGGAGGAGAAUCACAGAGCUUCCUGAAGCCAACAACACAGGGAGUCAUGUGGAGGUUGGUGCUGGUGGUCAGUCUGCUGUGCUGCAGCUCUGAGGCUUCAGUGUCCUGCAAAGAUGAGAACGGAGCUGAAGUGGACUGGUACAUCUUAUACAAGACUCCUAAAAGUCAGGAGAAACAGCUGACUGGUGUGGAUUAUGUUUACAUCUAUCCAGAUAACAACAACAAGGCAAAAUCUCGUCUUAACACAAAGCCCAUCAAUGCAGCUGAUGGCAUCCUGGCAAACACCCUGCGACAGCUCUUAGAUUUCAAGAAAGAUUUCGACAACAAAAAGCCGACAGACCAUUUUGGAUUCAUCAGCUACAGUGAUCAGCCUCCAAAGAAUUUGAAGUUGAGUGUUGAUCAUUCAUACGGUCACAGUAAAGGAGUUGUGAUGAUGGAGAAAGACAAAACUGGACUCUGGCUCUUACACAGCACACCGCGGUUCCCUCAAAUAGGUCAAAAUUUCUACCCUGAAAGUGGAACAAAAAACGCUCAGACGUUCAUCUGUGUAACAUUCAACUACGACCAGUUCAGAGCAAUUGGUACACACCUGCAGUUCAUCAACGCUUUCCCAUACCAUCAUCAUAUCCCAUCAGAUUUUCAUGACGAGCUUGAACCAAAGCCUGGAGAGAAAAGAAAGAUAAUCAAUAUCUCAAAUAAAUUCCAGGAGCUUAAAUCCAGGAACAACAAGGCGUUUAACAGCACUGCUAAACUACUGUCAGAUAAACCAGAAGAUGGAGAUCUUUACGUCACUAUUUCAAAAGCUGUCGACAGUGAUGUGAGAGCCCAGACCUGGGGCUGCCAGAAGGGGCGUGAUCGUUCCUUCUGCCCUGAAAGAGGGAAAAAAGUGGAAAACAUCCAAUCUGUCAAGGUGAAAAGGAUGAUGAACGUUGCCCAGAACCAGACCCAGACUCAGACUUAG